UGUAUGUUUAUAGUAAAUUGUAUGUGAAGUCUGUAGCUAUCUGUUCAAUUAUCUUUAAAUUAUACAAGGUUUAUAUUUGCAAUGAUCCAUCUGAUCCUAUACCGUAAAUCAUAUUUGUAAAUUCUGUAACAAGUAAUAUGUCACGUCGUACACCUACAAAAUCACGAGUAAAAAUUUGUAACAAAUCUGUAUUUCAUCUCCAAGAUAAAAAAGCAGACGAAAAUGAACUAUCUAUUGGUUUAAUAAAAUCUGCGAAGCGUACAGGACAACUCAGUUUAUGUAAUAGAGGCCUGGGUACAGUUCCUGAAAAUGUUUGGAAAGUUAAUGAUUUGGUUAUGGAUGAUACAAAAGAUGUGGAUUUUUCAAGAUCUCCUCGAGAUAACUGGUGGAAUGCAGAGCCAUUAAAAAUGCUUGAUCUUAGUUCUAAUGUUAUUAAGAUCAUCUCACCCAAUAUAAAGUUACUAUCAGAACUUAUAACAUUAAAGCUUCAUGAUAAUGCCAUUGAGAGUAUUCCUCCUGAAAUUGGUGAAUUAAACAAUUUAUCCAAUUUAAGUUUAGACCAUAACAGAUUGGAAUGUUUGCCAAAGGAGUUUUAUAAACUGACUGAAAUGAGAUGGCUGAGUAUUUCUUAUAAUUCAAUAAAAAAUAUUGAACCAGAUUUCGGGGACCUUGUAAUGUUGACUUUCCUGGAUUUAUCUCAUAAUAAACUGACUUCUCUGCCGCCCGGAAUGGGUUAUUUAGUACGCUUGGUGGAUUUAAACCUGUCUUAUAAUGAGCUUACCGAACUUCCGCCGGAUAUUGUUAAUCUUAGAGAUUUGAAGAAAUUUAAUGUGAGCAAUAAUGAUUUGAAGAAGCUACCAGCGCUCGGAGAACUUAGAAAGAUGGAAACCUUAGAUGCUAACCAUAAUGCAAUUGAAGAAUUGCCUGAUUUCUAUGGCUGUGUGGCCUUGAAGGAAAUCUACAUCGCUAAUAAUUUCAUAAAGGAAAUCACAGAGGAGUUUUGUGAUCAGAUGCAGCAUUUAAAUGUGUUGAAUAUCAGGGACAAUAAACUAGAAGUGCUUCCAGAGAACAUAUCACUGCUUCAGAAUCUUAAGAGAUUUGAUUUAUCUAACAACAAUUUAAACAAAUUGCCGAAAAAUUUGGGUCUCCUAUCACAAUUGCAGAGCAUCAGUAUGGAAGGUAACAAGCUGUCGUUUGUACGGCAGGAUGUUAUCCGAGGGGGCACGGACAGGAUGAUGAAGUAUCUGAGAGAUCGGAUGGCUGAGGAAGUGGUGGGGGAGGCGAGGCUCAAUGAGAACAACUGGCCAGAUAAAUACACAUUGAAGAAAAGUCAAGCUUUGAUUGUACCAGCAAAGGAAUUGGCAUCCGUGCCUGAAGAUGUGUUCGUAGCCGCGGCGCAGGCGGAAGUACAUGUCAUUGAUCUAUCGAGAAACAAGUUAACAGGGCUGCCAGCGGGGUUCCACCUGGUCCGGGAUACGUUGACACAGUUGUUGCUAUCAUCUAACAGCAUAGAGGUGGUACCUCCAGAGAUCAGUGCUUGUAAACACUUGCAAUACAUCGACCUCGGGAAGAACUGUCUCACAGAUCUUCCCAUGGAGAUGAGCGAUUUGAAGAAUUUGAGGGAACUGGUGAUAUCUAAUAACAGGUUUACUAAGAUUCCUCGCUGUGUUUACGAUUUGGAAAAUUUAGAGAUUUUAUUGGCUGCCGAGAACCAAAUAACAGAGAUCAAUGUAUCUUCGGACGCUUUGGCCAAGUUGAAGAAACUGGCGGUAUUGGAUCUCACUAACAACAGUAUUAUUACCGUGCCGCCUGAGCUAGGGAACUUUACGCAUUUACGAUCUUUGGAACUCAUGGGUAAUUGCUUCCGUCAACCGAGGCACGCCGUCCUUACUAAGGGCACGGCUUCCAUAUUGUCAUAUCUUAGAGAUAGAAUACCUACGUAACUCAAAUAUACUACGCCUAAUAUUCUACACACACUAUCUACACCCUCAACCUGCACAGCUAAAAAAAGUUUGUCCUUGUGACAGUGACAGUUGAUUGUCAAAAGGGACGGUGACAUUGACAGUUCUUUGAUGUUUAUUGUCUUUUUUUAUCGCCUACGUAUCACAAUUUUUACUGUUUUUUUAUAUUAUAAACAACAUAAUAGACUCUUUACUUCCUGAAAAUAACGAUACGUAGAAAAAUACUAUUGUUCACGGCAGAAUGAUUUGUCUGUUGCUUAUAAAUGUUCAUACGUGGUUACAUCGACGAUUUCUCAACAAAAUACCUUGAAAGUAAAGUGGUUAGGUUGCCGACGUGUGUUCGUAGUAGGUAUACGACAUAUUUUUUUUACGUGUACUUGAUUUGAUGUUGUCUUUUUAACCGGUGUGAUAUUUUUUGCUUAAAUUUUUUUAAAUAUCUAAUAUAAACAUGACAAAAUUAUUUUACUCAUAUUUAUACUAUUCUUUAGCGACUAUUUCUUAUGUAAUCAAUGAAAUACAUUUUUUCUUUUACGGGUUUUAAGAAAAAUAUUCUUUCUUGAAACCUUUUGCUGUCAAAGUUACGUGAAGAAAAAAAAUCAGUUGUCUUUUUUUUUCAAAAAGUAAAAAUUGUACAAUAUCUAAAAAGCUUAUGAAAGCCAAUUUUUUUUUUAUGAAUUCGUGAUAGAUACAAGAUGUCUAUUAGUUUAAGGCUGCGUUUACACUAGGGAUAUUCGAAGAAGUAAAAUAUAAAUGUAAAUUUUUAUAAUUUGCAUAACUAAACAUAGAUGGUAAAUUAUUCACAAUUAUAAGUAAAUUCGGGAUAGGAGCAUGUGUGCUAUGCUAAUAUCGAUUUAAUUAAUAAAGUGUUAAGUCCAUUUUCGCAUAUUUAAAAUUUUUAUUUAAUAUAUCUUUGAUGUGAUAUAAUAAUUGUGGUUUUUAACGUAAAGCUCUAUUGUAAACGCACCCUUAGUGUUGCCAUUAAAAGCUUGCCAAGUCAAAAGCCAAAGUAGCCAAAUUUAUAAAGGUACCUGAUGACCACCGCUGUUAUUAUUUUUGUUUUUAUUGCUUGUUAUUUAAAAAAAAAGUUAUUUAUUAAUUUAGAUGUUUAUUUAUUUUAAAUUGUUUUGUUAUUUAAGGAUUUCUCGUGAUAUUAAAUGAGAGUAUUAGAAAUUUCGAAGAGAAUAAAUCGUAUAGCUAAUUGCCAAAUGCAUUAUUGGAAUAUUAACACACGCUAUUUUUGAUAUAUUUUUACUAAUAUACAAUCAUGAAUGACUCUAUUUAAAUAUAUGAAGCGGCAGUCUAUAAUAACGCCACUGCUUGCUAACUUAAAAAAAAAAAAAUGAUAGCGCUCAUGUUACAGUAUUAACUUGUAUAAAACUAUAAAGGAGUUUUCUCGAGAAUUAUAAUGCUGUUUAAUAAUAUAUAAAAAUUUUAAUAUCAUAAAAUACAUAUGCAAUAUAUUUUAUUCACAAUUCAUAUUGAAUAAAUUAGAAGUCGCGGGAUGAGGGUGAGGGGCGAGGGGUGGGGCACGCGUGAUAUAAUAAUAAAAUCACUUUCGAAAAUCGCCAUAAUAACAAUACUUUAUAUUGAGCUUCGUUUAAGUUGCACUAUAUAUUAAAAUCGAGUGGUUUUUUUUUUUAUAAAGCCUCUUUCGUAACCUCUUUGGUAAUUUUCUUUAGCCUCCGAAAGAAAAAAAAAUGGAAAUGUCAAAAGGUUUUGACGUGUUUGCUUCAAAUCAUAUACACAAGCAUUAAUCAUUUCAAAAUGCUCGGGAGUCUCGUGUAUUGAAGCCAUAUUGAGAAAAAAUGUUACUUAAAAUUUUUGUCAUUUAUAUGUGCCUAUAUUGUUAAGAAAAAAAUUAAAUAAAAAAAUAUUACUUACAGAUCGAGAGUAUAAUAAAUAAUUUGACAAUACUUUGAGAUUGCAAGAAAAUUGCUAAAUAUGGUUAAAUGCUAAAUAUCUAUUUAUAUAUAUGUAGCUAGCUGAAUCACAUAUUGAUACAAACAUAUAGUUAUUGUUAUAUUUUUCUGUGCAGUUGUUUAUAUUUAAUAUUUAUUCGCCUUACAAUUGUUAACAGAUGCCAUUUUCCGUAUUUUAUCGUGAAGAAUGACAAUACGUGAAUUAUACACAUUUUAAAAAUUUAUUAGAUUCUGACUCAUAAAACGUACAUAGAAGGUAUUUCGUGUAAAGUAAUAUCAGACACUAUUACUAUGAGUUUGCAGUGAUACUAAAUACGCGGUUACCAGAUUUUCACUCGGAAACGAAACUCAAUAUUGAAGUUUACGAGCAAAGAACUGCGUGCUGUCCGCGUGUAAUCUUACGAUGCAAUCUCGUAGACGCUCUGAUGUUACAGGUUUAUGCAUAAUAUUUGUUAUGUGAUCAUAUCAAUUAAUAGACUGAUUGUUAUUAUUUCAACAAUCGACAUAUAUUCAGCGUUUCUCGACGGCGUUUUCCCGCUCUUUUUUGGUCGUAAAUACUUUCAAAACAAUGGUUACUGUGCUUAAGUUAAUAGUAACGAUUGAUAGGCUUUCACUUCUAUAUAUAUUUAAAAGCUUAGUGCGGGUGUUGCCUAUCUUAAAAUCAACAGUCAGCGUAUUUUAACACGCCGCAUAGCCGUUUAUUUACCAGCUAAAUCAAUGUUCAUCAGCAUUAAAUACAUGAAGACAAAAUAAUUAUAAUUAAACACAAAAAAAUAUUAACCAAAAAGUUUUAUGCUGACUUCUGCGUGGAUUCCGUUUAAAGAGGAGCUGAAUCAUUUAUUUAUGAAUUAUUGUAUUCAUCACGUCUGUAACGAUAUAUUUUGUUUGUAACUUUUCACUAUUCUACACCGCUGUUAAAACUUUUGUAUGACGCCUUAAUUGAAAAUCAUAAGCGCACAAUAAAUAAAUAAAAGCAAAA